CCUGGAGGCCAUGCAUAAAGCUGCAGACAUCAUCCACCUCCUCAACAGGGAGGGGCUUGGCUCCAUCUCCCAGGAUAUUGCAGUCAGCCUUCGCCCCUUCAUUGAUGAUGAGAAGGGCAGUGUGCGCUCAGCUGCCAUUGUACUGCUUGGCAACGUGGUGAGCAGGGUGCAGGACCCCGACAAACCCUUGGUGCAGCAGGAAAUCAUCCACUGCUUGCUCCCCCUGCUGCUGCAUCUUGAAGACCAGGAGGAGAGUGUGAAACUGUCAUGUAAACUGACGCUCUUCCGCUGCGCAGUCUUCCUCAGGUGGGCUCAUUUGAAGACGCUCUUCCGCAGCAUGGCCUGGGAUGGCUCCUCACAGCUCUUGAAGUGUGUCUGGAUCUGCUUGAUGCAGAACAACGAGAGCCACAUCCCCAAAUUCCUGUUCCAGGCCUUACAGUACCUGGAAAGCUCACAGACAACAAUAAGACAUUCAGCAGCCCGAUUCAUUGCUUUUCACGAAGUGCCUUUGAAAUCGGACAGGACUACGUGGUACAUCCUCAACAGAUAUUAUAAAUAUUUGCAGCAGCUUGAAAAUCUCGUGUUGGGUUCUGCAUUCGACUAGGGAACCGGGACCGACUCCGAAGAGCUCUUUGUCCUGCUAUGACAUCGAGAGGCCAACAGCAGCCAAUUGAGCCCACCACUGAUCCCAUCUCUUGUGAGACGGCAAAGCAGCUUUGCAUGGGAAGGAGGAGACAGAAGAGGCCAAGCAGCGUGUGCCGGGCUGAACCAGCCACACAGAACCCCAUAGUCUAGGUGGAGAAAGCCAAGCCCCUCCCCAGCCCUGCCGGACAUGCUCCAACUGGAGCACCACAGUGUAAGGGAGCAGCUCAGCUCACGCUAGGCAGACCGCUGAAAAUGGAGGAUGCACACUGUAGUCUCCAGUCCAGAAACAGCUCAAGCCCCUGACUGCAGAGACCCGAGGCACCGAGACCCAGCGCAUCCCCUGGGGCCUGCAGACAUGCAAGGGAGAUUGGAGACUCUGGGAGUUUCCCACGCUGGGAAUCCAGAGACCCCCAGCCCAUGGCCAAGAGACAUCUCCUAGGAAGUAACCUGGGUGAACUAGCCAUUGUCAUCCCCAGGCUGGAUCCCCACUGACUCAAUGGCAAACACAUUGGCCACGGACGAGGCCCUGGGCGAAGAGCCGGUGGAGUAACGAGGGCCUGGGUCCACCUGCCCUGGCUGCCAUCCAUCCUUUGGUGGCUGCCCACGUCCCCAUUAACCCACUAGACUGCACAGCCCCAAGAGGAGGGGCAACCAUCUUGCCUCUGAACUCUCAGCCAAACAGCCCUGCACUGACGGGCAGCUAUACUGACUCCGGCCGUUGGGCCACACAGCAUUGAGGGAGAGAGUAACCAUAUUGUCCGUUGCCAUCGGGCCACACGGGCGUAAGAGACAGGAUAGACAUAUGGACUCUGAGCGUUGAGCCACGCAGCCCCGACGGAGAGGGCAGCCGCACGGACUCUGGUCGCUGGGCCACACAGCCCCAACGGAGAGGAUGGCCGCACGGACUCUGGUCGCUGGGCCACACAGCCCCGACGGAGAGGGCAGCC